AUGUACCGGCAGAGCUUCCGCCCCCCGACGCCUCCGUACACGAGUGCCGGCUUCCGGAGCCCUCCGUCUGGCGGAGGCCCCAUGCCGCCCUCCCCGCGGGGCUACGGGAACCCCCACCACACGCCGCCCUACGUCCACCGGCCUGGGCCUUACGGCAGCGGCCUCUCGCCUCAUGGCCAGAGUUUUCACGGCGGCGGCGGGCGGUUCGGGAGCCCCUCGCCGGCGGGGCAGACCCCGCGCAGGCCGCAAAGCAUCAGCCCACGAUACCUGACUCCCUACGGCUGCAAAUCCCCGGCUGGAGCUCCCCUGCACCCGCAGCAGCACAAGCGCUCGCCCGGGGGUUUCCAGAGGCACUACCAGGGAUCACCCAGGACAUCUACUCCAUUUGGUACACCGCAUGGCAAAGAGAAAAGAGUGUCUAAUGAUGUGGAAAACUAUUACAGACCUUCAAUGCUUGAGGACCCAUGGGCUGGCCUAGAGCCAGUUUCUGUUACAGACAUAAACCAACAAUACAGCAGUGAGCAAACAACAUACACUGGUAAAAAAGGGAGGUAUUUCAGCUAACAUUUCUAAAAGGCCAAAUAACUCCAUCUUAUCAGGAAAACUCGGACAAAAUCUUUAUGUUUACACAAGAUGAACAAUAAGCAAGACCUUAGAUAAUGCUUUUAUUUGAUCACUGGUCCUUUUAUCCUACUUUUUUUCUGCAUUGGAUAUUUUUAUGUAUGAGAGGGAAAAGGAAUGGUAGGAAAACUUACAUUUCUGGCUACAUGGAAGUGCCUACCAGCUUUGAAAAACAAAAUGUUCUUUAGUCACCAGCGACUGAUUUAUAACUGUUAAAACAGGUUUCCAUAUAUUUACCCUUCCAUGCCAGACUGUCAGCCUUUUAUUGUAAACUGUGUUAGGAAAUGGUAUUUUUUUAAUGUUUCAGCAUUUUUAGAAUGAAAUAACUUGGAAAUAAAAUAGAAGUUUUGUAAAUCCUUGUUUUGUAAUGUACAAAGAUUACUUUAGAACGUUUGUUAAGGUGUCCACAUGAACACAGACAGUACUAGUGCAAUGAGGUGACUCUGUCAAUGUGCUUGCAUGCUGAUUUUUGGGCAUAGAAUUCUUUGUUAAUUGGAGCAUAACAUGAAGUUGAAACCUGAUUUUUAGCCAUCUCAAGUAACAAAUGUAUUGUCAUUGUUAAGUUUAAUGUGUUGAAUUAGCUCAU